AAAACAAAAACACAAACAAAAAGAAAAUUCUGAGCUGGGUUUGUUUUCUGUGACCUCCUCAGAGCUUGAUUUUCUGUUUUACUCUCGUCUUUGGUCUUCGUUCGUGUGCUCCGCCUUCCUCUCAAAAUGACAAUUAGGGUUUUCUUCGUCCUGGCUCUUCUCCUCUUCUCUUCAUCAUUUCUUCAAGUUGCUAGAGCUCAAUCCGACCCUGAAGCAGAAGUGGUUGAGGGUACCGAGGAAGGAGGGGAUCUUGGAAUUGUUGGUGAGGAUGUCCAAGAUUUUAGCAGUGAGAGUUAUAGUCCUGCACCUGGGAUUGAAACGAUUUGUGUUUUCCCUAAAAACCCUUCUAAAGUAGUGGCAGCUGGUGAGGAGAGAGAGCUGUUGGUUGGAAUGAAAAAUGAUGGGGGAUCAAAUCUGAAUAUCAUUGCCAUCCAAGCCAGUGUUCACCUUCCCUUUGAUCAUCGCUAUUUGGUUCAAAAUCUUUCUGUUCAGGCUUUUAACAACGCAACAGUUCCUCCUUCUGCUCAGGCUACCUUUCCAUAUAUAUUUGCUGUCAGCAAAUUUAUGCAGCCUGGAAGUUUUGAUCUCGUGGGCACAAUUAUUUACGAGAUAGACCAGAACGCUUAUCAAAAUGUGUUCUACAAUGGAACUAUUGAAGUGACUGAACCUGGUGGUAUGCUCAGUGUUGAGUCUGUUUUCCUGUUUUGUCUUGGAGUUGCCCUCCUUGGUCUUCUCGGGCUCUGGAUACGUGGCCAGCUACAAAAUCUCUCAAAGAAAACUAAGAGAGCACCAAAGGCAAAGGUUGAAGUUGGAACUGCAACAACUGAUGCAUCCAUGGAUGAAUGGUUGCAGGGAACUGCAUAUACUCAGUCGCAAUCCAACAAAUUGAAGAAGAAGAAGUGAAUGGCUUGAACUGCUACUUUUAGCUGUAUUUUACGGGAUGUCCAAAACGUGAGGGUUUAAAUUAGAAAUGUUAGACCUGCUUCACUGUUGUAGCACGAGGAUUACUUAUUAGCCUCCAAUUUUACUACCAACGAACUAACUGGCUAUCGAGGAAGCCAAGAAACAGUUUUGUCAAAUUCAACUCUCAUUUUCCCUUAAAACAAAUUUACCUUUUCCCUUUGUGUUGA